AUGAUGAAAAAGAAGCAAAUUGACUCAAGAAUUCCUACACUAAUUAAAAACGGUGUUCAAGAAAAAAAACGCACACUUUUUGUUAUUGUAGGUGAUAGAGGAAGGGAUCAAAUUGUCAAUUUGCAUUGGCUUCUUUCUCAGACGAGAAUUGCUAGUCGUCCAUCGGUAUUAUGGAUGUAUAAAAAAGAUCUUUUGGGAUUUACAAGUCAUCGAAAAAAAAGAGAAGCGAAAAUCAAGAAAGAGAUCAAAAAAGGUAUACGAGAUCCAAAUGAAGCAACAACACCAUUUGAACUAUUUAUUUCUGUAACUAAUAUUAGAUAUACAUAUUAUAAAGAAUCAGAAAAAAUUUUGGGACAAACAUUUGGAAUGCUUGUUUUACAAGAUUUUGAAGCCAUUACACCUAAUUUAUUAGCAAGAACAAUAGAAACAGUUGAAGGAGGUGGAAUAAUUGUAAUUCUUUUUAAGACGAUGGAAAAUUUGAAACAGCUAUAUACAAUGACAAUGGAUAUUCAUUCACGUUAUCGAACAGAAGCACAUCAAGAUGUUGUUGCAAGAUUUAAUGGAAGAUUCAUUCUUUCCCUUGGACAUUGUAGUUCUUGUCUUUUUGUCGAUGAUGAAUUAAAUGUUUUACCAAUUUCUGAAGCAAAAAAAGUAAAACCAUUACCAAAGCCUCAAUUAGAAGAGCCAAAGAAGGAACUUGAGGAAUUAAAACAAAAAUAUGAGGAUAAACAACUUUUGAGAUCUCUUAUCGAUGUAGCAAAAACUGUAGACCAAGCUCGUGCACUUAUAACUUUUGUUGAAGCAAUUUCAGAAAAAACCUUAAGAAGCACUGUUGCUUUGACAGCUGCUAGAGGUAGAGGGAAAUCUGCUGCUCUUGGAUUGGCGAUUUCGGCAGCUGUAGCAUAUGGAUAUUCUAACAUUUUUAUAACAUCUCCGAAUCCAGAAAACUUAAAAACACUGUUUGAAUUUACUUUUAAAGGAUUUAAUUCACUUAAAUACGAAGAACAUAUUGAUUAUGAUAUAAUUCAGUCUCUUAAUCCAAGUUUUAAUAAAUCCAUAGUCAGAGUCAAUAUAUUUAGAAACCAUCGUCAAACAAUUCAGUAUAUUCAUCCAUCUGAUGCAUAUGUUCUUGGACAGGCAGAACUACUUGUUAUAGAUGAAGCAGCAGCUAUACCAAUGCCGUUAGUUAAAAAGCUUUUGGGUCCUUAUUUAACUUUUAUGGCAUCAACAGUUAAUGGAUAUGAGGGAACCGGAAGAUCUCUUUCAUUAAAAUUAAUACAGCAAUUAAGAGAACAAUCCAGAGGGUUUGCACAUGAAAAUACUAAAUCAGGAAAUUCAGAAAAAUCUAUGAUAAAUAGAUCAGAAAAACUUAAUAAGGAAUCUGGAAUAAACAGUAUAGGUGGACGAAAACUUAGAGAAAUAACUUUAGAAGAGCCCAUUAGAUAUUCUUAUGGAGAUCCUGUAGAAGAAUGGCUUAACAAAUUAUUAUGUUUAGACAUAAAUAUAUCUUUAAAACAAUUUUUAGAGCAAGGCUGUCCUCACCCUUCACAAUGUGAACUAUAUUAUGUCAAUCGUGAUACUCUUUUUUCAUAUCAUCCUGUAUCAGAAUCAUUUCUUCAGAUGAUGAUGAGUCUUUAUGUUGCAAGUCAUUAUAAAAAUUCUCCAAAUGAUCUUCAACUUAUGGCAGAUGCACCUGCUCAUCAACUAUUCGUUCUUUUGCCUCCAGUAAAAGAAGAUGAUAAUAAACUCCCAGAACCCUUAUGCGUUAUUCAAGUGGCACUGGAAGGCGAAAUUUCUAGAGAAUCUGUUGUAAAUAAUCUCACUAGAGGUUAUAGAACUGGAGGUGAUCUUAUUCCAUGGGUUAUAACCGAACAAUUUCAAGAUGAUAAAUUUGCUAGUUUAUCUGGAGCAAGGAUAGUGAGAAUAGCAACUAAUCCAGAAUAUAUUAGGAUGGGAUAUGGAAGUCACGCAUUGAAACUUCUUGAAAACUUUUAUGAAGGGAAGUAUUUAAAUCUCUCAGAAGAAACCAUUUCAGAAUCUAAUGAAAAUAUUAAAAUCAUAAAUAAUAAUUUAGAAUCAUCUCUCUUAACGGAUGAUAUUAAAAUUAAAGACCUUAAAAUAAUGCCUCCAUUGCUAUUAAAGCUUUCCGAAAAAAAGCCAGGGCUUAUUCAUUAUCUUGGAGUAUCAUAUGGAUUAACACCUCAACUUUAUAAAUUUUGGAAAAGAGCAGAAUUUAUUCCUGUUUAUCUCAGGCAAACACCAAAUGAUCUUACUGGAGAACAUACAUGUCUUAUGCUAAAACUUUUGCAGGAUAAAAGCGAAACUUGGCUUAAUGAAUUUUCUAACGAUUUUCGUAAGCGCUUUUUAUCACUUUUAUCAUUUAGUUUUAGGAGUUUUCCUACUAUUCUUUGUCUCAAUAUUAUAGAAUCAAUAAAUAAUGAUUUAAUACAAAAAGAUAAUGUUCAUGUUAUUACAAAAUCAGAAAUUGACAUCAAUCUAUCUCCUUUUGAUUUAAAACGACUCGAAUCAUAUGCAAAUAAUAUGCUAGAUUAUCAUACUAUUAUAGAUAUGCUACCAUAUAUCGCAGAUUUAUAUUUUAAGGGAAGAUUUGGAAAAGAUUUAAAGAUGACAGGAGUGCAAAGUGCUAUUCUUUUAGCUUUAGGUUUACAAAAAAGACUUCUUGAAGACAUAGAGAAGGAACUUAAUCUUCCAUCAAAUCAAGUAUUAGCUAUGCUUGUCAAAAUUCUUAGAAAAUUAUCAUCGUUUUUUAAAGAUAUUUAUUAUAAAGCUAUUGAUAAUACAUUGCCUAUAGAACGAAAAAAUUUAAAAAACCAACUACAAACUCAUGCAGAUGAAAAUGAUAAUUUUAGGGGUUUUAUUCCUCUUAAAGCAACCCUAAAGGAAGAAUUAGACCAUCUUUCUAGCGAAAUGGAGGACAGCAUUAAAGAAAAACAAAGAGAACUAAUUAAUUCUUUAGACCUACAAAAGUAUAUUAUCAAAGGACAAGAGGAAGACUGGGACAAAGCAGAACAACAUAUUAAAAAUGGGAUCUAUUCAGGAAAAAGCUCAGUUGUUAGUAUUCAAAGUCAUUCACUUAAGAGAGAACACGAAUCUCUUACUGAUAUUCCACAUAUUAAAAAAAAACAUCAGAAAAAACAUAAAAGAAAAGUCUAA